AUGAUUCAUCGGGAAGACGAUAGGUAUUAUCUCGAGGAGGGUUCUCCAACUCGAUUGAAACAAGAUUCUGAGUACUCUGCCAUCUCAAGAAUUAAUGGUGUUGAUGUCCUAGAAUAUCUUGAGAGACAAUCACUGGCCGAUUCUUUCCAAGACCCUGACUCUUUAUACAACGCUCUACUUUUCGGACCUUACAACAACUUUCUUCUUCCGACGUUUUACCCUGGAGCUGAAACAGUAAUUGACUUUGUAAAUGGCACGACCCAAAUAUAUCCUAUUGUGGCUUUCGUUCGAGAGAAUCUUACCGACAUAGGGAGCGCCAACGAUAUUUACGAAAAGUUUUGUAUCCCUCCGGAUGAAUCUGAAGAAGCCACAUCAUCAUCGAGAAAGGCAUCAGUCCUGGCACCGAGGUUAACCCGAAGAGUGCUGGAAUCACAACAAAACCCUUUUCCAAACGAAUAUGACCCAUCUGGAGCCAUUCAAGGAUUUUGGGGCGGUGAUAUUUCCGACCAGGUCGCCAUCCUGGGAAUAUAUGGGUUCUCUCCAGAUACGGAUGAGACAGAAAGCUUUUUCCAGGAAACGUUACGCAACAUAUUACAGCAAUCUACACAGAAUGGGACGGACAAGCUCAUAAUUGAUUUGAGGGGCAAUGGAGGUGGUACUGUCUUUCUAGCUCUCGACACUCUGGUACAGCUUUUCCCCGACACUACACCCGACACAAGCUCUAAUCUUCGGGCAUCGGCGGCCAUGUCUGCAUUAAUACAAAGUUCCAGCACUAAUACUACCCUGGCUCAAGAUCAGAAUACGACAACCGAUCUCGAUGAAACUGAAGUUCUUGGGGAAUAUAAUAACUCUCUAUUCGCAUGGCAAUUAAUCCUUAAACCAGACGGAUCUUUGUUCAAGGAUAUCGAUGAUUACUACGGGCCCUAUUCAUUUGGUCCUGGACAUUUUACUGCCAAGUUUCAACAGAAUUACACAAAUAACGAUAGAAAUAUACUUGAUCCAUCGAAAUUUGACAUGACUAUUGCCAACCCAGAAGCUAGGCGACCCUUUGCUCCGGAGAAUAUGGUGAUCCUGACAGACGGAACAUGUGCAUCUGCAUGUUCAAUCCUCGUCGAAAACCUUAAGAACAAGUUCGGAAUUAUGAGUAUUACUAUAGGUGGCCGGGCACAAUAUACGCCUAUGCAGACAGUAGGUGGUGUGAAAGGAAGCAGACUCUUCCCCGCUGCCUUCUUUGACGAGGUAACGCCAUUAUACAACAAUAUGGUUCAAGAGGACGAAUCGUUAGCAGAUCCAAUAUUUGACUCAUGGACUACGCUAGCUUCGCGACGAUUCAAGGACCUGAGGGUGAAUGGGAUGAAUGCCUUCCGGAUUGGUGACCCCACCAACACGCCUAUACAUUUUAUCUACGAAGCCUCCGAUUGCCGAAUCUGGUGGACACCAGAGAUGCUCGUCGAUCAGACGGUGCUUUGGAACAGGGUCGCGGAAAUUGCAUUCGACAGACCACAUGGAAGUAUCAUGUCGUCUGAAUGGUGCGUGUCAGGAAGCACGGGAGAUCCUACCAGCAUCAGUGGCGGGUUGAAGCGAGGAGAAAUCGGGCCACAGACACCCCCAAAGGAGGUAUUCCCGAGGUAUGCCGGCUGGAUCAUCAACGGUACAAUUACUACGGACGAAGAGUUGCCAGAGCAUGAUUCGUACGGGCCGGGAACCAUCAGUGAUGGCUCUUCCUCUUCGUCCUCGGGACAACCUACUGACUCAGCAGCGCUUCAGGACUUUCGAGACUAUUGCUCUGAAUAUACCGGUGAUGCUUGGCUCAUUGUGUUGAUGUGUGCGGCUGUAAACUAG